AUGGAGCGCGACAUCAAGAUUAAAGAAGAAGCAUUCCAUCAAGAGUUGACUCACAGUGAGCUGAGCAAUGACGAGACCAAGCAGCAGAUCGACGCCCUGGCGCGCGCUUCUGCUUCCGCGCACGACACUGCGGUCGAGCAAAUCGAUUUCGUCCGGCGGCAGCAAAGUGAAAUAGCUGCCAAGACAGCCGAGUACUUACAGCAACAGCAUGAUCAACAAUUGACCCUGCAACAGCAACUAGAGGACAUUCGGAAGCAUAUAGAAGAACAUCGUCACAUUCUUCAAGAGCAAUUUCGACUGCUGAAAGCAGCUGAAGAGGACAAGGAAGACAACUUAAGGAUUUGA